AUGUCUGCCCAACGUCUUGAAACAAUCGGUCGACAUAUUCGACUUAGUUCACAAUAUAAACCGGCCGUUGUUGAAUCAUCGACUCAGCUGCGUUAUACACUUGACAAUGGAUGUUUAUCACUAGAAGAACGACAAUGCUAUGAAAAAAAUGGAUAUAUUGUUAUUCGAAAUUUGAUAUCAAAAGAAACUUUAGACAAAUUUCGACGAAGAUUUCAAGAUGUUUGUAUGGGAAAAGUGAAAGUACCAGGAAUGACUGUGAUGAAGGACGUGGCCAUCUCUAAAUCAGAAUUUGCUGAUGGAGAGAAGGCAAUAACAAAACUUCAAGAUUUUACAUUAGACGAUGAAUUAUUUGAAUAUUGCUGUUUACCUGAAGUUGUUAAAUAUAUCGAAGAUUUUACUGGUCCAAAUUGUAUGGCUAUGCACACCAUGCUGAUUAAUAAACCUCCUGAUCCUGGUACAAAAACGUCUCGCCAUCCUUUACAUCAAGAUCUCUAUUAUUUUCCGUUUCGUCCAGCUGAUCGUAUAGUUUGUGCUUGGACAGCAAUGGAACAUAUUCAUAGAGAAAAUGGUUGUUUAGUUGUUCUACCUGGUAGUCAUCAAGGUGAAUUACUGGUACAUGAGUAUCCGAAAUGGGAGGGUGGAGUUAAUAAAAUGUACCAUGGUAUACAGCAAUUUGAUGCCAAUGCUCCAAGACAACAUUUAGAAAUGUGGGCAGGUGAUACAGUAUUUUUUCAUCCAUUACUCAUCCAUGGCAGUGGGAUAAAUAAAACUUCUGGUUUUAGAAAAGCUAUUUCUUGCCACUAUGCAGCUUCAGAAUGUGAUUAUAUUGAAUGUGAUGCAAAACAAGAUUUAAUAUCCAAAGAAGUUUUGAACGUAUUUAAAAGAAAGACAGGAGUCGAAGAUGCUAAAUUUGAGAAAAAAUCAAAUAUUGAAAAGUUUAAACAAGAAGCUGAACAAUGGGAAUUAUUAGAUACUGAUGGAAAUACUGAUAAAUCUCUGUACGAUCGACCAGCACGCUCAAACAAAUCAACAGAUGAACAUGAAGAAUCGAUUGAACAACCGCUUGCUAAUCUAGAGAAUGACAAAACAAAGCGCGUUAUAUUGGAUUCUGAUUCUGAUGAAAAUAAAACAAAAAAAAAAGUUAAAUUAUUUAAUAACGACGCUAAGGAGCAGAUAUCACUGAGUGAUCAUUUUAAAGAGAAGAAGGAAGAUGUGCAAAAAUUAUUCAAAUCACAGACACGUAUGUCUACGAAUGAUCAAUAUGAUAAAUCACCUGAAGAAUUUCUUCAAAAAAACAAUGACAAUAACGAAAAGAACAACGAUGAAAUAACUGUCAACGACGAUGAAAAAGACUUUUCAUUGGAAGAUGAGAAAAAACGCGCUUUAUCGAUUUUAGAUCGUAUGACUAUUAAACAACAAACUGCUGAAAAGUUAAAAAGGACAGAACAAGUAAAAAUGGUUCGAUUUGAUCCAACAAAAACUGAACAUCGUAUCUAUGAAAUUGAAUCAAAUCUGCCAACAAAAAAAAUUCAGAAUGAUAUUGAAACAAAGUCAAUAUUGCGUUCACCAAAAACAACAGCAAAUUCAUUAAAUACUAUAGAAACAGAGAGUAUUCGAACACAUACAUGCGAUGCAUCAAAGUUAAAAUCAAUGUUUAAUAAAUCAGUACAAAACAAAGACAAUUUUCAAUUUAACUUUUUAAAUAAUUCUCAGGUGUCAUCAUCAUCAUCACCAAUGGCAUCAUUCGUAGAUAUUGAACAACCGCUGUCUUUUUCACGUUCGAAGAGCAAAGGAAAACAUAUUUUUGGAGCAGAACACAUGUCCAAUGACGACGAAACACACAUAGAAAAUGAAAAUGAAAAUGAAAAUGAUGAAAAAUUGUCAACUAAGGAUAAUGAUGGUGUAAAAAGAACAUUUUUCUUUUUUGAUAUUGAUUCACGAUUAAAAGAAGGACUUGAGAGUUUUGUACGCACAGAUGAUUUAAACGAAUUAGAAAGGAAUUGGCCAACAAAACGAAAAGAAAUUGCUGAAGUCAGUAAAUAA